AUGAAUACUUCAAAUCAAAACAACAACAACACAAAAACAAUCAUUCUUGUUCGGCACGGACAAGCAACACAUAAUUUGGAAUCCAUUCCAUGGGAAGAGAGAGAAAAAAUCAGAGAUCCUCUUCUCACUCCGAAGGGAAUCGAUCAAGCAAAACAAGUGGCAAUUCAUGAGCAUGUUCCUUCACUUAUUGCAGUUUCACCCUUGCAAAGAACUAUUCAAACUUGUCUUUAUGCAUUACAUUCUCGAUGUGAAAAUGAAUCCAUGAGUUGUGAAAAAUUUAUAAACAUGACUGAAUGCAUUGCAAAAAGAAAAGGAAAUACAACGAUUGUUUUACAACCAUUACUUCAAGAGGAAAAUGCUGGAAUUCUGCUUUGUGACACAGGAAUUGAUAUCCAAGAAUUGUGUGAAAUUUAUGGAAAUGAAUUAUUCGUUUUGGAUGACAUUCACAUGUAUCAAGAAACACAUCAUUGGUUUUAUCCAAAACACAAUUUAAAAGAAAGAGUACAAAAAUCGAUUCAACGGCUUCAUGAAAGAGAGGAAACAUGUAUUGCUCUUAUCACGCAUCAUGGGGUGUUAAAGGAAUUGACUCAAGGUGAACUCUUUAUGAAUGGUGAAUCCAAGAUGUUUCUCCUUCGUGAAGGAAGUGACCAACUCGAGAAAGUGCAAGAAUCAAGUUAG